GUGUAGUCUUACAACAUGUAAAAUAAGUAUCCUUUUGUUGACUUUGUGAAUGUUUACUGUCUGGGAACCGAGUGAGAGGCGGGCCCAAAGUUUAUUUUGCCAGUUUGAUUGACAGAUUUCUACUGCUGGGAGCUGUGUGAGAGGCGGGCUCAGCAGUUGGAGAAGCUCAGCACUAAUCAUCUAGUUGUCUGCACCUGUCCUUACCUACACCCCUAACAAAUGCACUACUCCGUUUUUUUGUGUUACUGCCCUGAAGAAGGCACUCAUGCCGCUACGCGUGGGCCUUGUUUUUAAUAUGUCCAUGUAGGACCUGUCAUAUUAAUAAAGACAUUUUAAUUUGGAGUGCCUUAGUCAGAGAAUUUAUUCUCAUUUUUUGAUCCUGGUAAUUCAAAAGGGCCCCAUGUCUAUAUUUCGACUCUGUCCCCCAAACUGGUAGAGCCGCUGCUGUAUACAAAUGUAAAUACCACUGGACUUUGCCCCCCUGCAUCCACAAAACCAAAAGGCUAUUCCAGUAGUGACGUUGACCAACUAACAAUUACUGCACAUUUUGUGGUCUAAGUCUGUCUCGACCUACACUGUACAAAGUUUGUUGUUCGUAGAUGCCAUCUUUUGACGGUCUGACUCUGAAGAUAAUCUCUUGUGUGAAGACUAAGGAUAGAGGACUCCAUAACAGCACCUGACUUGUGCAUUAACAGAGAAACGGCUGCUACCCCAAACCAUGAGGAUACUUGUUCUAUUCCUCCUGUUAAUCACACUGCAUAGCAUACAUUCAGCAGCUCUCCCAAAUGAACACCACACGGAAAGGGCUCAUAAGCCAACCAUAGCGCCUGCAGAUGUUCCCCCACAGCCCCAUAAUAAAAGAAAUGACAUGCCAAUCAUAGGUAUUUUGGCACAAGAGAUGAAAAAGCCUGAUCUUCAUGGCAAUUCUUACAUAGCAGCAUCUUAUGUCAAAAGCUUGGAGUCAGCAGGAGCACGAGUUGUUCCUGUGAUGGUAAAUCAGCCUGAGGAGGACUACCGUCAGUUGUUCCACUCUAUAAAUGGAAUGUUUCUUCCAGGUGGAGCAGCUAACCUUAUGGACUCUGGAUACGCUAAAGCAGCUAACAUCUUCUACAGACUCGCUUUAGAGGCUAAUGACCAGGGUGAUUAUUUCCCGAUAUGGGGAACUUGUCUUGGAUUUGAACAGCUCUUGGUCAUCACCGCUGGAGAGAAUCUCCUGUGCCGCACCAACACCAGCGGGAUAUCUCUACCCUUGGACUUCAGACCAGAUGCCAAGCAGAGUAAACUGUUCAAGGAUUUUCCACCAGAGCUGAUGACUUCCUUAGCCAGAGAAAACAUUACAGUGAAUUUCCACAAGUGGAGCAUGUCGGUAGAGAAUUUCACCAAGAAUGAAGAACUGAGAAAGUUCUACAAAAUCCUAACUACCAAUAUGGAUGGGGACACAGAAUUUAUUUCUACAAUGGAAGCAUAUCAUUACCCUGUGUAUGGAACACAGUGGCACCCAGAGAAGAAUGCCUUUGAGUGGAGUAGGUCGUACUACCCCCACACACCAUCUGCCAUCAAAACUACCUUCUACAUGGCAGACUUCUUUGUUAACGAGGCCAAGAAGAACGUUCAUUCCUUUGCCACUGAAGAGGAGGAAGAGAAGCAUUUGAUCUACAACCACAUUCCAAUAUUCACUGGUUCAUCUAAUUCUUCUUUUGUCCAAAAGUAUUUCUUUACUACUAGUAAAACAAUAAUAUAACAAUA